UAUAGGCCACAGCGACAGCACGGCUUUCCCUUAUGUUUUUCCGAUUCUGACGAAUUCUGUGAGUUCUGAAAGAGCUCUCGUCGCAACAUAGUCUGUCGGCGUUAUUGGGGACCAGUGGCGUGUUUUGUGAGACGGUUUCUCUCUGCUUUGCUACCUGCAUCGGACGAAUCGUGUGCAUCAACUGAUCUUAAGUCUGAUGACAUUCGAACUACACAGGCUGUGAUGUUUCAAUACUUGCGAAGGAGACAAAUGCUCAUUUGCAUCUGCUCGAUUCUUGGAUUGUACAUUCUUUUCAAGGUACAUGUACCAGGUCUCAACAGGAGCCCAUAUGCUCUCGUUGCCGUAGCAAAACACGAUGACGUCACUCCGGGUGUGCAUAUCGAUGAUGACAUAAACGUAUACCCCAACCGUAAUGAUGACGUAGCACAUGCUAGUGACGACACCAAUGACGUUGCAUGGAAAAAUGCCGGCACGAGCAAAAAUGAAGAGGUCAUCAAAGAAGUCAAUCUGCCAGAAGAUGGAGAGCUUCAAUUGGCCCGUGAUUUGGUCGAUCUGGACCCGGAGGAGCUGUUUAACCGGACCGUGAUCAUCACCGGAUUCUCCCAGAACCAUUUUAAGGAGGCCAAAGGAAUGCUAGGCUCCGUACAGAAGUUUCUACCACACACCAAAAUUAUCGUCUAUGAUCUUGGACUGCGCAAGGAGAGUAUUAAAGAGGUCAAACGUAUGUGUAAUGUGAAGCUUCGUAAAUUCGACAGUUCCAAGUACCCGUCUCAUGUGGCUAAACUGUUAACAUACGCCUUCAAACCUGUCAUAAUCGAGGAGGCGUUGCGGGAAUUUGAUGUCGUCUUCUGGUGCGAUGCCUCGGCCCGUUUUCAACGAGACCCUCGUGUCAUGUACCCCUACUUGAAGGAGCAACACGGGUUCAUGAGGCGAAUCGUUCGCUACGACCCUAAACUAAUCAUCUCUAGAACCAACCCAGCGAUGUUCAAGGAGUUAGGCGUGGACAGGGUCAAAUACUCAAAGGACGUGGACCACGCCCCUUCAUUUGAAGCCAAUCGUCUACUCUUCAUCAACAGUACCCUCAUUCGGGAGAAGUUGAUAACGCCCUGGGUUGACUGUGCUCUGCGUCGUCAGUGCAUAGCACCGGACCACAGUACGCUGAAUCUCAACAAGGCCGGACCGCUUUAUACCCAUCGCUACGACCAAGCUGCCAUUUCUAUUUUGGCGUACAAAAACAUGUACGAUGCAUGGACCAAGAACAACGAUCGAACGAAGUUGUUUGUCAGUGUGGUUGACCUGUCCAGAACUACGAUCGGCUGGCAAACGGUCCAGUACUGUUCGACUGAAUGACACAAUUAAUUUUGUCCGUAAUCGUAUACAACUUGAUGU